UCAUGUCCUUAUUUUCCUGCUUUCAAAUUUAUGUCUGCAAGAUGUUUGUUAAAAUUCCGGUUUGGCUAAUAAGUCUCAAACGUUCGCAAACUGUCCUGAUCUGAUUGAAAUAUGAAGUGUGGGUUAAAUUAUAUUCCUUGUGAAGUGCUUGUUUUAUGGUUAAUUAGAUUUUUAUGGGCUUUAAUUCUUAUUACUCCACCAUGUUGCUAUUACAAUUGCUCAAUAAAUAAUUUAAGUUGCAAUUUUUUUUUUUCUUUCAUUUGAUGGAUUCUUCCUAACUAGGAAUUAUUGAUUAGCUCGUGAGCUAGAGCGGAAAUGGAAUUUUGCCCGACUUGUGGGAAUAUGCUACUGUAUGAGCUACCUAAUACCGGGCACUCUGCCAGAUUUUUCUGUCCAACAUGUCCAUAUGUGUGUCAGAUAGAAAAGAGGGUAAAGAUAAAGAGACAUAUGCGCUUGGUUAAGAAAGCAGUAGAUCCCAUCUUUUCUGAAAAUGAUCAGCAGAAUUUACCCACAACUGAUACAACAUGUCCUGCAUGCAACUAUGGGAAAGCUGCUUUCUACCAAGUGCAGAUUCGGUCGGCAGAUGAACCAAUGACAACAUUUUACAUAUGCAAGAGGGAGACUUGCCGAAAUCAUUGGCGUGAGGAUUAGAUAUUUUCCUUUGCUUGCAUAUAGGUUCUUGGUUCAAUUUGAUUUAUUUGGUUUGGUUCUAUGAAAAUUUGUUCGAAUAAACCUUUUGCUAUGUAAUCUGGUAUAGACCAGUUCGUUUAAAUUCAUCAGUUGUCCGAAUACUAUUAGAGAGAGAACGAUUUGUUUCUUGAAUUAUGAAUAAAAUACUACAGGAGCACACUAACCAUUUACAUUCU